AUGGUAACUACCAAUGUGAUGUUUUUGGGGCCUCCCGGGACGUACUCGCACCAGGCUGCGUUACAGCAGUUUUCGUCGCGAAACGACGUGAAGUACACCCCAGCCAGCUCGAUCCCGCAGUGCUUUGACGAAUUGGAGAGGAACAAUGACGUCGACUAUUCCGUGGUACCGUUGGAAAACUCGACAAACGGUCAGGUCGUCUUUUCUUAUGACCUGCUGCGAGACAGGAUGCUGGACAAGAACACGACUGUCCAGGGCAAUCAAAAAGUGCCCAAGUUAGAGAUAGUCGGCGAACAGUACGUCUCCAUCACGCACUGUUUGCUAAGCAGUGUUGAGUUGCAGGGAACCGAUGGCAUGGACCGAUUCAAAAGAGUUAGAAUAUUCUCGCACCCACAGGUAUGGGGCCAAGUAUCUGAGUACUUGAGUAAGUUGAAGAGGAAACACCCUAAUGUUAAGUUUGAAACCGCAGACUGUACCUCUACCUCAGAUGCUGCGUUGAAAGCAAGGGAGGAGCAGGCAGGGUGUAAGGACACCGAGACACUAUUUCUCGCUAUAGCCAGCGAGACGGCUGCCACAUUAUACGACUUGAAUAUCGUGGAUCAUUCGAUCAACGACAAACUUGGGAAUACCACGAGAUUUUUGGUGCUGAGAAGACAUCACCAAACCAGUACUCUUGUGUGCAACGACGGGACAAUGUAUGUCAGUCUAAUUACUUUCACUAUUGAGCAGGACGACCCCGGGUCAUUGGUAGACAUGUUAACUGUUUUGAAGAAACAUGCUGUAAACAUGUGCUCUAUCCAUUCGAGACCGUACAAUAGCUCAGCAAAUCCUAGGAAAUGGCAGUAUAUAUUCUACGUGGAGUAUGACUAUGACCCAAAGAAACAAGACUGGGAUGAAUUUUACAAGCAACUCAGCGGCGAAUGUAUGCAAUGGUGCCUUUGGGGGACAUUCCCAAGAAAUCAUAAAUAUUACCAGUAG